AUUUGUCAAUUGUGUGGACUUAUAUCACAGUUAGUUUGAUGUUCAUCAACAUUAAUAAAAUGCAUUCGGAAUUAUCGAUUUUUUUGCUUUUUUCUGUUUUUUCAUCAAUCAGUUCAGAUAAUAGGCCACCUGGAUUCGGUGAAUACAACGGAUCAAUAUUCAUAAGUAGUGAACGUUUUGGUAGCGGCAGUUAUUUUUUAGGCCCCGAAACGUAUUAUUUUACAUUCCCACUGAGGCUUCCACAUUGGAUCGGCGAUAAACUUCGAUAUAAUCAAAUGGUGAUUCGUACUUUUCCAACUGAAAGCAAUGAUUUCAAGGAAAACACUGAACUUACCAAGAAUAUAAGUUUGGAAAUGGAGACUUCUUGUGGUUCUUCAAAGUCAGCACUUGAUGAAACAGAUGUUGUUUCAUUAACUUUGAUGGAGAAACGAAAUAAUCAUUCAGUUGCCGUUAGAACAAUUCAAAUCGAUCCAUUAUCAGUCGACUUUUACAGUCCUAAACUAACCAUGAAACAGUUCAAUAUGCUUGCUGAAGAGGAAAUCCAGAAAAGAAAUGAGUAUUGUAAUUUGUGGUGUUUAAUGCUUAAAUUAUGCUUGAUAGCUACAGGUUCACAGGAUGAAUGCUCUCACACGAAUUCACAGGUUUGCCCUAAUGGACCCUGUACAUGUCUUAAAACGAGCGGCGAUCAUACACAAAGUCUCGCUGAAAUGGAAAAGUUUGUUAAGAUUAUGAAAUAUCUUGAAUUGUUUCAGUAUAAAUCAUCUAGCUGUACGUUAGAUUAUUGGAGAAGAUAUGAACCCAUUGGCAUCGUUGAACUGGACAACAAAACUGUUUCAUCGUUUCCAAAGCUCAAUAAUAAUCACUAUUUUGUUGCUUCUUUUACCGAUACAAAAGCACGAAAGAGCGCAGCAUUAAUAUUGAAAGACUUUAAAAUCGUAUGAAUACAUAUUACAAUUAAUCUGUAAUAUCACACUUAAAUGUGUGAUAAUGAAUUUGUUCCGAAUCCAUUAGUCUAGCGAAGCAAAGACUUAUAAGAAACCAGAUUGCAAUUUGAUUGAGAUUUUAAAUGUUUCAUUUUCUUCUCACCAUUAAACCAUAUUGACCAUGAGGUCAAUUAUGAAUUUUUUUAGGUUCUUUCGUGCUUUUUUCAUUUCAUCUCUUGCACUGGGAGGUAGCGGUACACUUCCUAAGGCUCGAAUUGCUUUUGAUUACAGAAAUCAGUUGGCGAUAAUAAUCACUCAGCCUCAAAUCGGUUGGGUCAUAUUUGAUGUCUAAAUCUGAUGGGAAAUGUGAAUUUGAAGAUAUUCUUAAAAUGC